AUGUCUUACUAUAAUAAUUCUCAAAUUAAUGAAUCUAUUAUUGAUUCUGAACUUUUUGAAAAUGAGUCUGAUAACACUAUUACUAGUGAUUUUGAUGAAACAAUUACUUAUAGUGAUGUUGAAAACAUUUUAAAUAAUGUUACCAAUAAUGAAAUAAGUAAUAUUGAUAAUUCUAUGAAUGAUGAUAAUGAUAAUAAUGAUGAUAAUAUGAGCGAUGUUGAGGAUACUAAUAUUAAUUCUCUCGAAAAUUGUAUUCUUACUACUUCUGGACCUACUAUUUCUUCUCCAGUUAGACUUGGUCCUUCUUAUUCUUUAUUACAAUAUUUAGAAACUUUUCUUUUACCUGCAACUGUAGAUAAUUUUUCAUUAUCUGAUAUUAAAAAUGCUUUAUCUAAUUCUUCAUCAGAUAAUGCUUUUGAUAAUGCAGGAAAUUUUAUUUUUCCACAAAUUAAUUUUUCAAAUUAUGAACUAAAUUUAUCUAAUAUUUUAUAUAAAUUUGACUUAGAUUCUUUUUUAUUAAAUAUACAUUCUUUAAAUAUUAUUAAUGCUCCUAUUUAA